AAGCUGCCAUAAAAUAGGAGAACAACAGACAUGGCCAGGCCAUCUAAGAAGAAAUCAAGUGCACCAGUCUGCAGGUUAAGACCAUAUGCAGUACUACAGGCUUGUAUUCUUUGGACAUUGUUCUGUUUGGCUCUAUGGGCAUUGAAUGGUGGGAUCCACAUCAAACAAAUUCAGCCCGCCAGACCUAAACCAGUUCCUCAAAAUAACAGUUCAUCCAUAAUAUCCGCGUUUGACAUGGGAAUCAGUGAUGAGGAGUGGGGAAGACUACAGAAGGCUAUUGACUGGCCUAUUCCAGAUCAAGAAAUCACUCAUCUGAAUCAGAGCACAAGUCCAGUCCACUCAACUUUCUCUAUUGUGGGACUCAAAGAGAGUUACAAAGUGGGAGAAAAGAUCUCUGUUGCUAUCACAGCCAGAGACCACAACAAGAACCUGAAAAGAUAUGGAGGAGAUUUUUUCAAAGCAAAACUUUUCAAUGCAGAGCUAAAGGCGAGUGUGUACGGGGAGGUUGUGGAUCAUCGUAAUGGGACUUACUCUGUUGCUCUUCUUCUGCCCUGGGAAGGUCAGGCACAAGUUCCUGUUCGUCUUGAGCACUCCAGCGAGGUUGUGCAGAUUCUUAAAAAAUACAGGGAGUCUUCAUUCCCACGCAGCCACUAUAAUGGCUACUUUGAAGGGCCAGGACUCAAUAAAACUAGGGUCCAUGAAGUAGUAGAAUGUAAUCUUAAGUGGGGUGCAGAUGGAAGCUGGAUGAAAGGCGACUGCUGCUGUGAGUAUAAGGAUAUAAGAACAGAGACGGUAUGGCAGUGUGAGAGACCAAAGGAACUUUCCUGUGACAAACUGGUUCAUCACUCAUACGGACGUUUGGAAAGCCCAUUACAUCUUUUUGAGCAGCAGCUUUUUACAAAGAAUUUAACAAAUGUUGCUAUUAGUGGAGACAAAAAAAUCAUAAAUGUCCUUCCCAACACUGCAUCCAUUGGCACAAUGGAGAAAUGCAGGUCUGGCAUGACGACACCGGUUCCUGCAGGGUUUUAUUUGAACGAUGUCUGGAAGUCUUUUGUAUGCAACACUCGACAGUUCAGUCCUGCACAAAUGGGAAACUGUCUUAAAAACAAGAUUGUCUAUUUGAUGGGAGACUCCACCACAAGGCAGUGGUUUGAGUUCUUAGAAAGAAACGUGCCAGAAUAUUUUUCAAAGUGACUGGCUCAUGCUGCAGUUGGACACAGUGAUGCGGGAGAUGUUCAGAGACAUUGAUGGAGUCAUCUUCUUAGAUGUCUGGCAGAUGACUUCCUGUCACUAUCUACGUG